AUGUCUACUGUUGAUACAAUACCCGUACCCGAGACGCCCCUUACCCGUCCUCCGACGGCAGUCGUAGCCCCCUCUCCCCGUACUCCAUCUUUUGUACUUGGUGCAGCGAAUCGCUCUUACAAACAUCAAUACUCAAGUAUCUACUACGUGCGGCUGCAAGUGCUCCGCAAAUAUGUAAUGGCACGGGCUCGGCGGAGGUGGCAUGACGUCGCAGGACAAUUGUCCUACGUUAUUGGCACUGUAUAUAUGGACAUGCCGAUGAAACCCAAUGUUCUUGAAGACCUUGCGCGCGAUCACUCGCUCCCCGCACCUGCAACACGCAUGACAUACUGCUCCCAAGAUGAUCAGCCUAUGCUUGAAGAUGAAUCUGGUAGAAUUGCGCUUGUGGGAGAACGUAUACGAUCCGCCCGUCUUGUUACAGGCGUUGUGCUCGGCAUCCUUGGUAUAGAGACGAGCGGUGGCGAGUUCGAGGUGGUGGAUAUAUGCACUGCUGGAAUGGCUCCACAACCAUACUCUGACCUCAACUGGGGGGAGUCCAGUGCAGGCAGCAGUCAGGAAGGCAAAGCCGAAAAGAUGGAUGUUGACGAAACGCCAGUUCCAGGACAGGAGCAAGACGAAUGGGUUGCUAUCCUGUCUGGGCUAGAAAUUGGUUCGACAUCACCAGCGGACGCCCAGAUUCAGAUGCUGGCAGAAUAUCUGACAGGUGAGGCUGGUGGUCUCGACGACCAGGCCUCGGCUGCGCGUAUCUCCAGAUUAAUUGUCGCUGGAAAUUCGUUGGCUCAUAUCCUCAAUGCCGACGGGACAGUUCCUGAGGAGAAAAUGGAGCGUAAAGGGCGACGUUACGGCCAAGACUCUGCCAAUUUCUCGCCUCAUCCUACGCAAACACUCGCCGCCCAUAUUACAGAUAUCGCGCGUACCAUGCCCAUCCACGUUCUUCCAGGCGCGUCGGAUCCCGCCGGUACCCUCCUGCCUCAACAACCCUUCCCGCGUGCGAUGUUCGGCAGUGCUGCUGCGUUCGCGAGUUUCACAUGUGAGACGAACCCGACAUACCUCCGUGUCGGCCCUUCUCCCAACACAGAGGGCACCCCCGACGGCGAGAAGGGCAAACAAAAAGCAUCCGCGUCUGCCUCCAAAAGUGCACAGGCGGUAAGCGCGACACCGUUCCGCACGUUCCUCGUCUCCUCGGGACAGCCGGUGGACGAUAUGCUCAAGUACCUCCCCUCCCCGCUAUCCACACGCCUGUCUAUUGCGGAAGCGAGCCUGCGAUGGCGGCACAUUGCGCCAACUGCGCCGGAUACGCUCUGGUGCCAUCCAUACUUCGGGUCGGACCCGUUUGUGAUCAGUGAAACGCCUGACGUGUAUAUUGUCGGGUGCCAGCCCCGGUUCGGCACGCGCGUCGUGGAAGAGCGAGGGUGGGGGCCGACGCGGGGAGAAAGUGGGGAGCAGACGAGUGGAGACGUAGACAUGGAGGUAGAUGGCGAGGAGGGAGAGGAGGACAUGGAGGGGGAGGGUGGUAUAAAGCGGUGUCGGAUUGUGUUGGCGCCGGGAUUCAGGGAGACAGGCACUUUGGUGCUGCUCAAUAUGCGGACACUAGCGGUUAGAACGGUGCAGUUUGCGAUAGAAGGUAUGAAUGCUGGAGGGGAGACAUGA